CUCCCAUGCCCUUUAAUCUGUUGCUGUGGGAUUAACACGCCGCACGGCCCCCACGCCGCAGCCCACACCAUGCGUGACUCCACGUCGUCCACCUGUCCUAUUUGGUGGAUUGCCUUUGAUUUGACGGCUUUUUCCCGGCCAUUUUUUUUAUCCCGAGAUGAUUUAUGCAUCGGUUGAGCUCAGAUUGGGAAGAUUUUAAAGGUGAGAAUUUAAUAAAUUUAUUUUUAAUGUGGAUUUGUGCACGACGUGUGACAUAUUUCUGAUGCACCAGUUUAAUUUUUUUUUGGUUGUUUAUGUGUUUGUUAUAAAAUACACGCAGAUAUGAAAGUGAGGGGGUCUGUCUAAUGCAUCCAUGAUCCACAGGAAUCCUGAAUCCUCGCUGCUGAUUGGCUGCUGGGCCCUGCCUCUUGUUGGGACGAACCUGUUGGAUAAAGGGACCAUUUGCUGAAGACGCCCAUGCACUUGUGCAACACCAUGCACCGGGGACCAGUCUGCUAGAACCCACUCAAAACCUCCCCGAAUUCAACUCACCAUGACGGGCAAACAAGGCACAGUCAUGUCGGGAAGUUUAAACCCAGCGGAGAGAACAAGUCCUCUGGGAUCGAACGGAGGGAAUAACAGCACCAUCGUCAUCAACCACCACCACCACCAGCAGCAGGCCAAAACCACUUCCACCCACCCGCCCGGCAGGUGCACGGGCUUCGGCAUCCAGGAGAUCCUGGGGCUCAACAACAAGGAGCCCUCCGCGGCGCCGAGGACCACCUUCAACUCCUUGCCGGCCGGGGCGCAUCUCAUCGCCGCGAGGUCCAUGCUCGGCCCCGCCGGCUUGGGUGUCGGGAUGGGAUUAAUCGGCCCCGGUGGAAUUCCAGCGUUUUACCGCCAGCCUGCGUUUUUGGAGCGGGUGCUGGACCCGCAGGAUGUUCACUUGCAGCCGCAUAACACCACCUCAUCCGGGCGGAUGGACGCCAGCCAGUCUGCAAGCUCCGACUCUGAGGAUUUGUCUUCCAGUGAAAGAAAACUGUCCAAGUCUUCAAUAAGUCAAAGCAAGAAACGGAAGAAAAGACGUCACAGAACCAUAUUCACAUCCUAUCAACUGGAGGAGCUGGAGAAGGCCUUCAACGAGGCCCAUUAUCCGGAUGUGUACGCAAGGGAGAUGUUGGCCAUGAAAACAGAAUUACCUGAAGACAGAAUACAGGUGUGGUUCCAGAACCGUAGGGCCAAGUGGAGGAAGAGGGAGAAGUGCUGGGGUCGCAGCACCGUCAUGGCGGAGUACGGCCUCUACGGCGCCAUGGUGCGACAUUCCAUCCCUCUGCCCGAGUCCAUCCUCAAGUCCGCCAAGGACGGCAUCAUGGAGUCCUGUGCUCCGUGGUUGCUAGUUCAAGAUGGCUUACCAGUCAGCAGACGCUAUUCUAAAUCUGAAUACCCGCAACUCUUUGCAGGGAUGCACAAGAAGUCUAUGGAGACCCCCGCAACCCCGGAACCAACCACUGCCGCCAAGUGCGACGAGCCGCCGCGGCCGAGCUCUCAGAGACCUGAUGAUUCUGAAGGAGCGGAGCAGAGGUCAAAGGUCAAGUCGUCCAUUUCUAAAGAGGAACUGAGAGAGAACAGCAUCGCGGCCCUUAGAGCCAAAGCACAGGAGCACAGUGCCAAAGUCCUGGGAACGGUUCAUCAUGACACAUCAUUGGACGAGGAGCAGCAGGAUAAGACGAGUGCUCCUCUGAGUCCCGCGGAGGAGACACCAAACCCGUAAAAAUACGGACUGCAAUUGAACUCACCGCUCAUUGCUCUGCUUUUGGACUCUGGAGAAGAUGGGCCGCAAAUGCACUUUUCCUUACGUGAUCCGCUUCCGAAAAACAUCCGCAUUGAAGAUAAUGGUUCUUGGUGGUUCCACCACAAUCAGGAUCAGGAACUUCUGCAUCCAAUUGCUGAAUGCCGCCAUUUUUACGGAACGUGAUUGUUGUCCUGUGUUAUGAUGUAUAUUCUCAAAAGCACAUUUCCACCACUUUAAACCGUGUAACAUGGAAAUCAUCUUUUAUUAUUAAAUAUGACUUUCUGGUGUCCAUCAUUUGAGUAAACAAUAUUAUUCUCAUUUUUAGAAGAUACUUGUUGAUGCUCGGCUGGCUCCGCCUCAUUAGAAGAGUCUGA